CGCGCGAACGCGUGCACGUUUCCCGCGCUCAGUCAAAGACAAAUAAUAACGAAAUUGUAUUUUAAUAUAUGAACUCGAUAUAAACCAUCGUCGUGUAUUUUUUUUAAUUGAGUGCUUAGGUGACUGCACAUAAAGGAUUUUCUCAAGAUGCUGUUGCCAUUACUCUUCCUCCUGACAGUGGAGGUGGCUCAUCUACAGAACGCGGUGGACCCUGCACUGCUGGUGGAUAUCUUCGGCACUCCACCUACCCCUUCCAAUCAACCACCAAGACUGGAGGAAAUAACCGUGAGGCCUACAGAGAGUGGCGCGACGUUCACAAACAGCAACGGAGAGGAGUGCCAAUGUGUUCCGUAUUACUUGUGCGAUAAGGAUUUAAAUGGCGUGUUCAAGAAUAACGUCAGCACAACGGGUUGGGGGGUCUUGGACGUGAGAUUCGGCGCUAACGACGAUUGUCAAGAGAGCGUGGAGCGAUGCUGCAAGGACGUCCUGCCGGAACCCGCGCCUGUGGUGCCCGACCCUACCAAGCUGAAGGGCUGCGGGUACAGGAACCCUAACGGCCUGGACUUCCAGAUCACAGGAGGCAACGGCAAUGAAGCUCAGUUCGGGGAAUUCCCGUGGGUUGUCGCGUUGCUGGCAGCCAACGGCAGCUACGCCGGAGUCGGCGUACUCAUCCACCCGCAAGUUGUGCUGACGGGCGCGCACAUUGCUAGCAAGUUCGAAGACGAUGACGGAGAAUCUGAGGAAUAUUCUGACGACAGUGAAGAAGAAGAAGACAGUGGUGAAUUUACUUUCCCAUUCCAACCUGGCACUCUGGUAGCGCGAGCUGGUGAGUGGGACACACAGACUAACAAGGAACGUUUCAAGUCACAGGAGCGAAUUGUCGAUGGCAUCGUCGUACGAGAAGACUUCAACCCCAAAAGCUUGAAGAAUGAUCUGGCCCUCUUGCACCUUCAGUCACCCUUUGAGCUGGACCAGCACAUCAGCACAUUGUGCCUGCCGGAGCAGGACGAGGAGUUUGACAACUACCGGGGCUGCAUCGCCAACGGGUGGGGCAAGAAUGUCUUUGGUCGCCAGGGCCGGUACGCCGUGAUCCUCAAGAAGGUGGAGGUGAACAUGGUGCCGUUUGACCGCUGCAGCAACCUUCUGCGCAAGACGCGGCUGGGGAACUCCUUCAAGUUGCACCGGAGUUUCGUCUGCGCAGGGGGGGAGGAGGGCAAAGAUACGUGCCAGGGCGACGGCGGGGCCCCGUUAGCUUGCCCCAUCGGUAACGACCGCUACAAGUUAUCGGGCCUGGUGGCGUGGGGUAUUGGCUGCGGUCAGAAGGAUGUCCCCGCGGUGUACGCCCGCGUCGCCAUGUUCCGGCGCUGGCUGGAUGACGUCAUGAGGGGGUGGGGUUUCGGCGCGCAGACAUACUCCGCGUAGAGCAACGGGUUCUAACCAUUUCAUUCUUGUAACUUUUUUUUUUAAUAUCUUUAUUGCAACUUACAAAAGACUUACAGAUACUGUUUUUAAAGACAUCCUAUUGCCGCCAAAACACAAAUUUAACUGGUGUAUUGUUUAAUAGUAGCCUUUAAUGGCCGGACGUGUAAAAGUGGGCCAAGGCACACUUACGUAGGUCCAUUAAUGGCUAGUUAUGGCCAAGGCUUGUGCAUACAGAAUAAAGAACAUACAGAAACCAGAAACCGUGUACUUACACGACUAAUAUUGAACAAAAACCACUCCACUUUGGAAUGGUUUCUCGAACAAACGGUUAGUCAC